AUGCCGUCUGCUGAGUCCACUAUUGCCUUUGCGCGUCCACCCUGCCGCCUGGAAGGCUGCGGCGCCUGGCACGGCUGCCGGCUGCUGGCGUCGGGCGCUGCCGACAACACCGUGCGGGUGUGGGCGUGGCGCGGGGACGGCGAGCAGCCGCAGUGGGUGUGCCUCCACACGCUAGAGGGCCACGAGCGACCUGUGACGUCCCUGGCGGUGCAACCCCUGGACGGCGGCGGCUUCCUCCUGGCUGCCACCUCGGGCGGCCCAGAUCUCUUGAUCUGGGCGUGCCGCCCAGAUCACCUGCCUGAAGCAGACUCGGCCCCCACACAGCCGGCAGCGCCCGAAGAUCUUGCGGCCGCGUUUGGCGCGCCCGCCUGGCAGCUGCAGCAGCGUAUCCACGUCGGCACGCAGACGCAGCUGUGCGCCGACUUUGCGGCUGUGCCCGGCGCCCCCGGCUGGCUGCUGCUCGCGAGCGGCGGCGCGGACAACGCCGUGCGGCUGCACGUGCGGCCGCCGGGCGGCGAGUUCCAACUUCAAUGCAAGCUGACUGGGCAUGAAAACUGGGUGCGGUCGGUGGCGUUCACGGUCGCCAGGGAGGCGCAGUCGCCGGCGGCCCGCGCGGACGGCGAGGGCGGCGCUGGCGCCGGCGCCGGCGGUGGCAGUGGCGAAGAUGGCGAUGGCGGCACGGCGGAGGGGCAGGAGGUGCUGCUGCUGGCCAGCGCGAGCCAGGACAGGUAUGCCCGGAUAUGGCGCAUCGGCCGCGGCAGCAGCACACUCAGCGGCGCCGCCGCAGAGGCGGCCCCCGGCGGCGCCGACGGCGGCCUGGCGCAGCUCAUCUCCCGCUACGCGCCGCGGCCCCACGUCACCGCCGCGGGCGACACGCUUUGGUGCAGCCUUGAGGCGCUGCUGAUCGGCCACGAAGACUGGGUGCACUCGGUCUGCUGGCGGCCGCUGCAGGGGCAGCAGCAGGUGGGGCAGCAGCACGGGCAGCAGCAAGGGCAGCAGCGCGCGCCGCCGCCGCCACCGCGCCGCGCCGCGCUGUGCCUGCUGAGCGCGUCUCAGGACCGCAGCAUGCUGAUCUGGCGCUGUGACGAGGCGAGCGGCCUGUGGCUGUCAGAGGCAUCGGUUGGGGACGCGGGGGCGACGUGCCUGGGGUACUAUGGGGGGGCCUUCUCGCCGGAUGGGCGGCGCAUCCUGGCGCAUGGCUUCACAGGGGCUCUGCACCUGUGGACGGAGCAGCGCGGGGACGAGGAGGGGGAUGACGGGGCAGCAGGCGGCGGCGCCGCCGCCGCGUGGCUGCCGCGGCACGCGUGCGGCGGCCACUUUGGGCCCGUCGUGGACGCGUGCUGGGGCGCCGACGGCCGCUGCCUGCAGACGGCGUCGGCGGACCAGACGGCGCGGCUCUUCACGGACGUCGGCGGGCGGUGGUGCGAGCUGGCGCGCACGCAGGUGCACGGCCACGACUUCAGCUGCAUCGCCGGCAUACCCACGCGCGCGGCCGUGCCCGCCGCGGCCGGGGCCGCGGGUGAGGAGGCCAGCCCGGACGGGGGUGGAGGCGGCGGCGGCGGUGGGGAGGAGGGCUUCAUGUACGUGACUGGCAGCGAGGAGAAGGUGCUGCGCGUUUUCGAGGCCCCCCUCGCGUUCUUGGACACACUGGACCUCGCGCGCGGCCGCGACCCCGCCGCCCCGCGUGCGCCCGGCACGCCGAUUCAGCGGCAGCGGCGGCGCCCGCGCGCCCUCGGCGCCGCGGUCGGGGCGCUCGCGCUCAGCAACAAGGCGGUAUUCCUAGAGGAUCCGGCGCCGCAUUCAGCUGCAGGCGCGCCCGACGGCGGCGGUGGCCUGCCUGGGCUUGUCGGCGUCUGCGAAUACCCUGAAGGCCCCGACAUGCUGCCCCGCGCCACGCCCGGCGUCGCGCACGGCCCGCCGCUCGAGGAGCACCUCGCGCAGAACACGCUGUGGCCGGAGGUGCGGAAGCUGUACGGCCACGGGAACGACGUGUACUGCGCCUCCGCGUCGCCCGACGGGCGCCUGAUUGCGUCGGCCUGCAAGGCGCAGGGCGCAGCGGCCGCAGCGGUGUGGGUUUGGGAGGUCGGCAGCUGGCGGGCGCUCGCGCAGCUGCCGGUGCACGCGCUGACGGUGACGCAGCUCGCGUUCUCGCCGAGCGGGCGGCUGCUGCUGGCGGGGUCGAGGGACAGGAGCUUCUCGGUGUGGCGCGUCGUGAGGGGCGGUGGGAGCGGCGGCGGCUUGGGGGGCGGCGAGGGCGGCAAGGGCGGCGGGCAGCGGCAGGAUGAGGACGUUCGGUUUGAGCUCGCGGCGCGGGCCAAGGCGGCACACGCGCGCAUCAUCUGGGGCGUGUCCUGGGCGCACGACGAGAGCUGCUUCGCCACCUGCUCCCGCGACCACACUGUGAAGGUGUGGGCGGUGGACGGCGACGACGUCCCCUCUGCGCAGCCCAUCCGCACAUUGCCGCAGUUCCCGUGCCCGGUGACGGCCGUCGCGCUCGCUCCGGCGCACGUCACUGCUGGCGACAGGGCGGGCGCGGCGCAUGUGUUGGCGGUCGGUCUAGAGGACGGCGGCGUUGAGCUGUGGUCCACGGGCGCCGCGGCGGGCCCCGACGCGCCGCGGCGCCUGUGGUCCGCGCCGCCGGGCGGCGCGCACGCGGCGGCGGUGCGGCGCGUCGCGUGGGCGCCCGCGGGCGGCGAUGCUGGCGCGGGCCCGCUGCUGGCGUCGUGCGGGGACGACCAUGCGGUGCGGGUUUAUGAGGUCGAUGGCGCGCAGGCGGCGGACUCCAAGUAG